CAGUUCGAGGAUGAUCUGAAGAAAGUAGCCUCGGCGCUCGCAGAAGUCAGAACAGAAUUUGCUGCGCACAACUCGCAACAGGAAGCUCUCCGGCAACGAUUAGACACUAUAACAAUACCUGUUCCAGCGUCCACGGAUACGGGCAUUCCACUGAACGAAUUGCGGAAGGAAAUUGAUGAUGUCAUCGACCCUAUCAAGAAGUAUGUGGACGAGAGUCUGGACGGGAUGGGUGAUGUUGCCGACAACUGUGCUCGAGACGUUCACAAAGCCAAUGCCGAUAUUGCCAAGCUAUUGGCCGAGCUCGAGGGAUUAACGUCGAAAAUGACGGCGGAAGUCUCGAAACUCCGCACCGAGUUUACCUCUAGUCUGACGAAGGUCGCCGAGGAUGUGCAGUCACUUGGGGGGAUGUCCGGUCGGGAGAUUGGGUUGUUCAGGGACCUGUUGUUGCGAGAAGGGAGGCGGAUCGAAGGGCUUGAGGUGGCUGUCCGGCAUUGUGACGAUAGACUAUCCCUUUGGUCCACGAAUGACUAUUACGAGAAGGUGGCCAACCUUCUUAUAGCACGAAGUCCUAGUUGGUUCAAUACCGCCCAACAGGUCCAAUACCUCACCCAACAGGACGAGCUCCAACGGACUCAGCUUCAAAAGCUUGCCGGCCAAAUUCAAGCUGUCCAUUCUCAGCUACAAAACCACCUCCAGUCACCCGGGGCCCCCAGCGGAACGUUCACGCCAGGGACAGCUAGGAACCCAUUCGCCGUCAAUGGCGCGAUCGCCAACGGUGCUAGCGGCAACAUGGAGAGCAGGAACUGUGCCAAUGACCCCUUUCUUACCGAACUCAAACAACUCAAACAAAACUUCGAGGACCUGAAGGAGAAGUUUCGGAAGCUGGAGGAAAGCAGCGAUAUGUUCUCGCAGGAGAAUCUAAAGGAAACGCUGCAGGAUAUGAAACACGAAGUCAACAAGGUUGUGAGGGAGAAUGCUAAUAAGAUGUCACAAGUAUCCGAUUGGUCGGAGGAUGUUAAACAAAACCUGCGAUGUCUCUGGGAGGAGCUCUUCCGCAUGGGAGUUCCUCUCGACCCGGAGAUGCGCGCAUCUUUUGGCCCGGCAAACGCUGUCGACCUGAAUGAGCUCACCGAAAACGGGUACGAUCACAUGACCGAAGACGGCGAUAUUGAACAAGUAGAGAUGGAAGAAGAAGAAGAAGAGGAAGAGGAAGAGGACGAGGAAAUGUCACAGAGAGAGGGUCUGGAGGAGGAAGUUGAAUGAUUCUCCAUGACGAACAUACCUAAAUACUCCAAUAUACCCUAGUUUUGGUACUAGGAAUGCUUUUUGUUUUUACUUUCCUGUGGAUUUUCUUUCCCGUGUGUUUCUUUUCUUGCAUCUUUU